UUGACAUUUACAACCGUUUUGCUCCCCAUACCCAUGACAGCAGUAUCUUUGUUGCAGACUGUACAGAGUGAAGUGGAGUGCGCCUCAAAUACCAGGAUGGUACGUAGGAUCAGUUCACACUCCAAACAAUUCCAAGUUCGCCUGCCUCUCGUUUCUGACAACUAGAUAUAUUCGAUAUCUCCGUUCCCCUCCGACUGAAAUCCAGCAUACCUGUCGCGACAAAUCCCGAUAUAUAUAUCUCCUCUCAGCCAUCAGGACCUCGUUAGCUAGCUGGAGACACUGCAAAGCUUUUCUCCACGGCGAUCAACAGCUGCAACACUGCAGUCGGCACCACAAGCACAAGCACAAGCACACUCUGUCUUUUGCCGCAACAGAGUGUCUCUGUCUCCCGCCCACGCGAUGCCAGCCUCCUCCUGGUUCCACAAGCUCAGGAGGAGGAAGAAGGACAAUUAUCAGCGAUCAAGCGCGUUCCCGGCCCAAGGCGCCCUCGACGAGCAGAGAAGCCAGGAGUGUUGCGAACCACCACAAGCUUCCCAAGGCGCCGCCGGCUACUCGCCGAACAGAGCAUCCUACUACUUCCCGAGCGCGGACCGCGCGCGCCGGGACGGAGGGCUCCGGUGCAUCGCCCCGCGCGGUGACGACGAAGAGGACGAUGGCGGCUCGGCCUUGGACGUCCGUGUCGACGUGGUCCACCGCCGCGCCGGCGGCAGGCUCGGCGGUGUCGACGCGCCCCCGACGACGCCCGAACUCAACCUGCGGCGCAUUAUCACCACGAGACCCGCCCCCGCCAAGAACGAGACCCCGGACAACGUCCUCCCCUGUAGCAGCGGCAGCGGCAGCACCACCUCGGCUGCCACGACGCCGUCCACCUUCGGCAGGGGCCGGGGGUUCCACGUGAAGCCUGCCGGGCGCCGGCGGAGGCUGCGGCCGCGGCGCGAUCACGACGACAAGGAGAAGGAGAAGGCGGUGGGGUCGACGAGGGGGAGGACUAUGACUAUGAGGCGGCGUUGGCUGUACGAGAGCCUGGUGGUGGUGAAGACGUCGUCUGACCCGGAGCGGGAGAUGGCGGAGAGCAUGGCGGAGAUGGUGGCGGCCAACCACAUACGUUCCUCGGAGGAUCUGGAGGAGCUCCUCGCCUGCUACCUCGCGCUCAACGCCGCCGAGCACCACCGCGCCGUCGUCGCCGCCUUCCGCUGCGUCUGGCUUCACAUAAUGGCCACCCAAAGACUGCACCACCACUAAGUACAACCCACAUAUACCCUUGUCUCUACUCUCUGCUGCGAUGCAAGAUGCGUGUGUGUGUGCGCCCUGUUGAUCAUGGUGUGUUCAUAAUCAUAUUGGUGACCGACCGGCUCGUGUACGCAUGGUCGACACCCGACACAUUGUGCAUGUUAAUUGCCCUGGUACAUUCUCGUGAAA